AUGCCUCAAAUAGCUCGCUCCGGCUACUCUGGAGAAGUACGAGGAUGCAGCAGUAAACUGGGCAUUCUUCUGAAAUCUUUUGCUGAAGACUACAUUGCAACAAGGAAAACUCUACCCUCACAGAAGUCUGCUUGUCAGAAUCUAAUUAACUUCACUUCGAGAUGGGAACGAGAAACUUAUCGAUCUCUGCCGAAGCACGUUAAGGAUGAUGUUCUGAACCCACGCGAGCGCUUUAUGGUUACAGCAAAGGACAUCGCCUACCUUCUUCGUGGUCUUCUCGGCGACGACUAG